UGUCAUUUAUUUUUGAAAUAUGAUAUACAUAAACAUUUAUCAAAUAACACCAAUACCCAAUACUUGAAUCGAUCGGUUAAAAUCCAGACUGAAAAAAAAGCAGAAUAUGUAUUGCAUUGAUCUUUGUUUUAAAUCGACACAGAUCCGGGUCUCAUACACGCUUGAUUCAUCGAUGCCUGGCACUGCAUCAAAUAUUUUCGUUUAUUGGUUAUUUGAUCUUGGUCAGUUGCGUCUUUGUUUCCAGUUCUAACACAAAUCUAAAUUUGAACAUUUUACAUUUGACCUACCACGUAGAUGACUUUGAACACUGACCGAUUGUAUUUUAACUUUCCAACGUAAACCUUACAACAAACGAUGUGGGCGUGUGGUUAUUGGACUGCGACCACGGGGGUAUUUAUAAAAGGCGGAGUCGUGAAACCUGCAGAUUCACACGGAGAGCUAUAAACGGUCAAUACAACCUCUAUGAUUACCAAGAUGCAGGUGCUUUGCAUGUUCUUGCUGAUUCCCAGCUUUAUUAUGGCGACAGGACAGAAGGACAAAUACGUGAACCAACGGUUAGCAACAUCAGAGUGUGUCUACCCAAAAUAUCUCCGGGAGGGCCCGUGGAUCGACCAAACAUCCAACCCUGGAUAUGAAUUUUCUUUUGGCGACUCGAUUUUUAAGGAGCACAAGGACGUCAUUCAUGGGCGGAUGAACUGGACAUGUGUUAAAACGUUGAAGGAGGGGGACAGUGACAUUGUGCUGUCAAAAGCCCACGUUUUUUCGAAUCAAGUGUUGUUCCGAUGUGAGCUGUAUCGAAAGGUGGACACUGGCAAUGUGUUCUACAAAACCCUCGCAGCUCCGGAGUUCUUGAGGGGAAGGGAGUGUGCGAUAUGCGGAGGCAAAGGCAAUGCUAGAGCAGAGAAAGUUCACAUUCUUCGAACCAGUCAAGCGGAACCACUGCCUGGUGUAAAUGACUGGGGGUGUGGGGAACAGAAUUGUACCUGGUGUUCGUCUCAACCGACACAAGAGGAGGACACGGGAUCACUUCAGGAUGAAGCACGCUCCCUAGAGUCCAUACUAAGGAAGUGGUUCUCAGAUACUAAAGUACGGGGAUAGGGAGGCCAUGUUUUCAGCAGACUUCCUCCGGUUCACAAUAUAUUAUUAUUCGUUUUAUAAUGUACAGUUGUGUGUUGCUUUAAUCUUAGAACUUUGCCUUUAAUAUUGUCAUUCAAAUAAAGGUAUCACUCAAAUAAAUUGUGAACAUUUUACCUCUUUUUAGCCAAAGUUACUUCUCAAAUGGCUCAUGAAAAUCCAUUCCUAUGUGAAACAGUUGAACUUGUGGAAAUAAUACAAUUAAAUGUUUGGUGUGGACAAAGACGAAACGAGAAGGCCGUAAUCAAACAAGAAUCCAGGAUCUGGGAAUUAAGUGAAUCUCCUGUGAAAUUGCAGCCUCGACAAGACUCUUUUACAAAGGUCUAGCACACUCUCAUGGUUUUUCUCGGCUUUAAUACUAUCGAUAUUAAAUAAAUCUAUAUCAAAUCUCGAAAUGUCAUAAUGAUUAAGACGUUUGUUCCAUCAUCUAAUUGUAAGACAGUAUCUUCAGUAAUAUCAAAUAUGUUCCACAAGCGGCGCUAACAUUUUUAGCACGAGUGAAAAAUGUCAAAAUAUUAGCCACACAAGUGAAAUGUAUUUGGUAUUUCUGAAGAUACUGUUAGAUAUUUUGUUUAUUACUCUCUAUAGCAAAAUAUACCGUGUCAGCUUUUAAAUUUCCCAUUGUCGUAUGUAAUCAGGGUUGUGAUUGGUCAAAUAAGAAAAUGUGAUAUUGAUAUUGUAGUGAAAAAUAUUACUUUAUAGAAUGAAUAAUUUUCGAUAUUUUACUGGUAAAAAUGUUAUAUUGUGUUACUCAUAGCAUCACUGAUAUAGAAGAACGAAACUGUUGUAAAAUGCAAUGAUAUAAUCACAUUUUAUAAUCCCCUCCUUACAGUCUGAUGAUGGAACAAACGUAAUUACUUUAAUAUCUCCGAACGUCAGUAAAAGGGACAAGUUCUUGGCAGGAUUUUUCAGAUCAUUAUCGCAUAUAGUUCAAGAAAAAUCUCAACAUGUUGGAAAACCGACUUUGUUUAGGCGAAUAAGAAAAAAUGCUUCUGUGGUAGCAUAAACAUAUUAAUGUGCUUGAUAAAUAAACUAUAAUUCAGCUUUGCACUGUUUAAAUGA